AUGCAUUGGCUAUUUAAAUUGCAAGAUAUUAUUCCACAAAUUACUGAAGUCAAGCACUUGCCUCGUGAUAAGAACACCGGUCCCGAUUACCUUUCGAAACACCCGAUCUCCUCGACAUCGAAAAACCCCAUCAAUGAUAACGAUUGGUCUCAAGGGACUGAAACAUGGGAAAUUAAACCACAACGUCCGCCAUCUACGUUCUUCACACAACUAAAUGCUGUCAUUACGCGUCAACAAGCUAAACGAUUAAUACCAGCUCCGCCUCUGACAACCUACACGGCAACUCAUACAUCUCUUUCAUCGGCGCCAGCUACAACUACAAGUCCCUCUCCACAAUUGUUCGACUUCAGCCUAGAUCGUAUUAGAAAAGAACAAAUGGAAGACACCGAUAUUAUAGAAAUAUUGAUCGAAAUAGAUCCAGUCUUGUUUACAAUUGCUGAUCUCGUUUGGCUCAAAAUAUUAAUCGGCCGAUCAAAGUUAGAUGAACGAUAUCGUGGUCCCUAUCGAAUUACUGAUAAAAUUACUGCAGUCAGUUACAUGUUAGAUGAUGUUAGAUGA